AAGUGUCUCUUCAGUAUCGCUCGCAACAUCGAGAAAUUCUCGAUACCUCCUCUCAAUUCACAGCCCCGAUCCUCAUCGUCCUCCUCCAAAAACCGCUGUCUGCUCGCCUCUAGCCGUCAAAACCCUAACCCUAGAAAUGGACGCCAUUAGAAAGCAGCUCGAUGCUCUCAUGGGAGCCAACCGCAACGGCGACGUGACGGAGGUUAACCGCAAGUACUACGACCGUGACGUCUGCCGUCUGUUCUUGGCCGGGCUUUGCCCCCACGAUCUCUUCCAGCUAACGAAAAUGGAUCUUGGUCCUUGCUCAAAGGUGCACUCUUUGCAGCUGAGAAAGGAAUAUGAAGAAUCCAAAGCAAAAGGUGUUCAUAAUUUUGACAGAGAAUUAGAGGAUGAGAUUGAAAGACUGAUUGGGGAGUGUGAAAGGAAAAUUCAAAGAGCCGUUAAGCGUCUGGAGGAGGCAGAUGCUAAGGCUGCUGUUGCGAUAUCUGUAUCCGAAGUUACCCAGUCACCUGAAAUCACAGAGUUAUCGAAACAGAUCAGGGAGAAAUUGAGAGAAGUUGAUGUAUUUGAUUUGGAAGGGAAAACAGACAAUAAAAUUCGGGCCAUUGAAGAUCUAGAAGAGUUGAGGGCCAAAAGAGCUGAUAAGCAGUCGAUGCUUCUUCUUGAUGCUUUUAACAAAGAUAGAGCUUCUUUACCACAACUUCAUAAUCCUCAAUUAGCACCUUUGCCAGCUCUUGUUCUUCCAGAUCCUCGUACACAAGAAAUGAUUAAUGAGAAGCUGAAGAAGGCAGAAGAUCUUGGUGAAAAAGGUAUGAUAGACGAGGCCCAAAAAGCUUUGGAAGAGGCCGAAGCUCUUAGAAAGUUAAGUGCACGACCUGAGCCAGUUCAAGACCCUUCAAAGUAUACCGCUGCCGAUGUGCGAAUUACUGAUCAGAAAUUACGGGUUUGUGACAUAUGUGGAGCAUUCUUGAGUGUUUAUGACAGUGAUCGCCGUCUGGCAGACCAUUUUGGAGGGAAGCUUCACUUGGGCUAUAUGCAAAUUCGGGAGAAAUUAUCAGAAAUGCAGGAGGAGAGAAUUAAAAGCCGCAAGAGAGAACGAUCAAUGGAUGAAAGAAGGUCAGUAGAGCGAAGUCAGAGCAGAGACAGAGCAUCAAGUAGAGACCGAUAUAGAGGUAAUAGUCGAGAAAGGGGAAGGGAUUAUGAUCGCCAUAGCAGAGAUCAUGAUCGCUACAGUGAUAGAGGCGGUGAAAAGGAUAGAGAUCGAUCUCACAGUUACGAUUCAAGGAGCCGGUAUAGAUCACGUUCUCGAUCAAGGGACCGCACUAGAGAUUAUGAUCGUCACAGCAGACGUCGUGAUCGGUAUUAAACUCUGUCUGAGAGGAGGAGAAGCUUGAGGUUUUCUUGUGGAUGUAGGGGGUCUUUCUAGAUCUUCAGGUGCAUAUGAGAUACUGUGUAGAUGAAUGUUGAGAAUGAUACCUGUGUAAACUUGGAUGUCACUAUUUAUCAAGUCGGAGAGGUUUUUGCAAAACUAAUAUUGCAUCCUACUGCAAUUUGUAUAAGGCUAGCAAUUUGUAUAGGGCUAUUGUGCUGGUUAAAGUAUUAGACUGGGAGGUGCAUUUUGCGUUGGAAACAGUUAAAUUUUGUUUAAUAUCAGAUGAGGUUAUGGUGUACUUCUAAGCCUCUAGUUUUUCAACUUAAAGCAAUGCCUACAUUAAUUUGCCAGCCGACA